UGUGCUGCUUGCCAGUCAAUCUUCCAGUGCCUAUAAAUUCCACAACUGCUUUACCCUUUGCUUCACACUUCAUUGCUUGAAAAAACAAUCACUAUUGUUGUUCCAGACUUCCAGUAAUAGUAUUAUCAUUUCCCCACAAGCUUUGUAGCUUGUGUGUUUGUUCUUUGGACUAAGAAAAUGGCCUCAUCUGCAAGUGAAAAUCGCUUAGUGUUAUCCAAGAUUGCAACCAAUGGAAAACAUGGUGAGAACUCUCCGUACUUCGACGGAUGGAAAGUGUACGAUCAAAACCCUUACCACCUAACUGAAAAUCCUGAGGGUGUAAUCCAGAUGGGCUUUGCAGAAACUCAGCUUCCCUUUGAUUUGGUUGAAGAGUGGAUUAAGAAAUAUCCCAAAGCCUUAUUUGCACUGCUGAAGGAGUUGAGAAGUUCAGAAACGUGGCCAAUUUUCAAGACUACCAUGGCUUCCCAAAGUUCAGACAGAUUUUACCGAGACCUCGGAUGGAGAACUGGAGUCCAAAUUGUCCCCCUCGAUUGUGAUAGCUCCAAGAAUUUCAAAAUAACCAAAGAAGCACCGGAAGCAGCUUAUGAAAAUGCCCAAAAAACAACAACAAUAUGAGGCCAUUUUCUUGGUUCCAAAGAACAAACACACAAGCUAUAUGGCUGGAGGGGGAAUGAUAAUACUAUUAUUGGAAGUCUGGAACGACAAUAGUGAUUGCUUUUUCAAGCAAUGAAGAUGAAGCAAAGGGUAAGGCAGUUGUGGAAUUUAUAGGCGUGGAAGAUUGAUUGGCAAGCAGCACAGGAAGCAAAUUUGAGGGAAAAGUCCAUCUUUCAAAUGUGGAAAAACUGACCCCUAAGAACGGAAGUAACAGAUUUAAUUGUGGUAGUUUUGGUAAAUGGGUCGUAAUCGCUUCCAUGUAAAAACCUGCACAACCAGGUGUACACCGGCAGCGUACCUCUUGGUGGUUCUUAACUUCUUAUAGUUGGUGGUGUGAUGGUCAAACUAUUAGUUUUCUUAUAAUUGAUAUAUUGUAUGAUAUUAUCACGCAAUAUAAGAGCUCAAUCUCGACUUUAUUUGUUUAUAAUAAAAUAUAAUACUGACGUGUAAACAAACACAUCAUUUGGUAGUUUUUUAAAUCCAUCUAGAAAGUUGUUUUUCAUUUUCCUGUUAAUUAGGUAUUUGCUUUUGUUUUCAUUUUAUUUUUGGCUGGAUGUGGUGUUUAUGUUUCUAGGAAUGAACCUUCCCCGAAACACUAUGAGUUUGGCUAGCAUUAUCUAAUUAGUUAUGUACCUUUAGUUUUCUAGAAUAUUUUCUUAUAACUUAUAAGCCUUUAUUUCGUAUGUCUUUUCAUACCGGCAGUGUACCACUUGGUGGUUCUUAUAGUUGGUGGUGUGACGAUCAAAUUAAUAGUUUUUUUUUUAUUUUUAUUUUUAUAAUUUGAUAUAUUGCAUGAUAUUAUACACACAAUAUAAGACGGUUGAAAUGAUAUCAUUUAUUUAAAUUAGAGCUUAAUUUCGACUUCAUUUGUUUAUAAUGAAAUACAAUAUUGACGUGUAUACAAAACAUGUCAUUUGCUGGUUUUCUAAAUCCAUCUAGAAAGUUGUUUUUCAUUUUCCGGUUAAUUAGGUAUUUGCUUUUGUUUUCAUUUUAUUUUUGGCUGGAUGUGGUGUUUAAGUUUCUAGGAAUGAAGCUUCACCGAAACACUAUGAGUUUGGCUAGCAUUAUCUAAUUAGUUAUCUACUUUUAGUUUUCAAGAAUAUUUUCUUAUGAGCCUUUAUUUCGUAUGUCUUUUCAUAUUUCUCACUUGAAGUUGUAAGUCUAUAAAUAUAUAUUUAUAAGGAAGAAAAGAAGGUAGAAAUUAUUUGAAUUUUCACUUUGAAAUUUGAGUUGUAAACUCGUUUUUAAGUGUCUUUUUCUUGUUUAAGAGUUUGUUACUUUGUUCUUUAGUUGUAUAUACGUCAUAGGUUGUUACUAGAAGUGAAUCUCUUAGGGCUUUUAGGUCUCUCCUGGCACAAGAAGAUAGUGGACACUACUUAUCUAUCAUAUCUUUUCAUUUUUA